AUGGAGCUUACCUGGAUAGCCAAUACUCCGCAGUCGCGGCGGAGAACAAGAGCACUGCGUGCCUGUUCCAACUGCCAAAAGAGAAAGAAACGCUGCCGUCAUCUUGGUCCUGACAGCUUGAACACCGCCCAGAUUCAGAGCACUGUCGUGAGUUCCUCUGGUCACCAACCAGCAGCGAGUUCGCUAAUGGAUGAUGAACUGGCUGGAACAAGAUUAGCUAUGCCUUCUUCCCUAGAGAUCCCACGGAUAGAACGGUUUGUAGGAGAUCUCAACCCGGAAGCCGUUAUUCGUGAGCAGUUAGCUUCAGGUGGGACUCACCUUCGGGACCGGGUUGGGCUUUGGAUCAAUACUCCUGUUCCACAAGAUCGUGAAGGAAAUGAAAGAGACACUUUCGAUACAGCCAAUUCUCGGGCGGGAUAUUCAGCUAAACAUGCUCUUGAGAACCCUUCCGUUACCUCUCUUCUGCACCAACGAUAUUCGUCUGCUUUGAAGGCUUGUCAACGCCUUCCAUGUUCGACUCUGGCUCACCUGAUCCCUAUCUAUUUCUCGAGAGUGAAUCAUAUUUUGCCCCUUGUUGAUCAAGGAUCUUUUCUCCCCACGUUUAGAAAAGGAGCAACGUCGGUGUUCCUAGAGAGGGCAGUAUGUCUCAUUGCAGCGAAGGACAAAGCGGCUAGCGCUCACCUUCAUCUUGUUCCCGAUGGUCCCUCUAUAACAGCGCGGCAAUUCUGUUCUGAGAUAUAUGCCGGCCUCGUUUCUGCUAUGGAUGCUGGACUUGAAGUUGAUAGGUUUACUAGGAUUCGUGUCUUGGCUUUGAUGUCCUUGCAUUCUGAGGGUUAUGAAGGUGCCGAGGUAGCGUCAAUGCAUCUCUGCCAGGCCAUUCACCAAGCGCAGACGGUUGGUUUACAUCUUGAACGACCCGAUCGUCUUGAGGGAGACCCUCUAACAACCCUUUUCUGGAGUCUCUGGACCCUGGACAAGAUGCACGCAUGCAUCGGUGGCCGCCCUAUUCUUCUUGCGGACCGCGAUAUUGGAAUCAAAAGACCUGACUUGAAAGCGCGGCGAUCUAGAUCUGCCUUCGAAGUUUGGUUCGCACUUUCCGAUCUACUAUCUAGAGUAAUAUCUCUUUAUAGGCCAUUCGCCGAUCUGACAAUUGCAUGGGAAACGGAUUACCCGGCUUUCGAAGAAAUCAUAGGAGAUCCUCAUGCACAAGAGGAGUUGGAUGCCUCUACACUUGGGGGUUUGGAACUCUACUAUUAUGCCGUUAGUAUCCUUUCAUGCAGGUCACAGUUAUCUCAUCGCCCUGAUGACUCUAAACCGUCUUAUGCCCGUCAAGGGCUGGCGGCGGUUCGGAUCUAUUCCCUGGUGGCUACCGAAUGUUCCGGGAAUCUACCUCCUCUCCCCAUCGUUCCGUACGCAGUAGCCCUCUCCAUGGGUGUUUCCUACCAGCAAUUUCGCUCUAGUAGGCUGAUUACUCAUUUUGACCGUGCUAAGGCUAGCCUGGAAGCGAGCUGUGAUCUGCUUGAAGAGCUAGGGGUUUAUUGGUAUUCGGCAGAAGCAAUGGCACGGUUAGGACGAAAAGCACUACGCCAUAUUCAAGGAAUAACGCUUAAAGGCCAAGGCUCUCGGCCGUCUUCGGGCGCUAAUGACGACGAUCACGACGAUGGUGAACAUAAUAAUAGUAAUGCGACAAGGCAAGAAAACCAAAGACCAUCGAUAGCGAAUGUACCGGUAUCAUCCUACGAUAGUAAUUCUCAUCACCAUCACCAUCGUAUCAUGAGUGACGUGCCUCAUGCGGCUGCAAUACCAGAACACGAGGCACCCCUGCCGGUGGACCGGCAUCAAAGUGACAUCCAGGACCCAGACCGCAGCCACGGUUUCGCUAACAUUGACACGCUCUUUGACGACUUUUUGGAUUUGUCGCUACCCACAAACUUUUGGGACCCAGUUUUCUUUCCCGCGGACGAUCGUGUUUGA